GUGAAGUGGGUGUUUCAUACAUAAUGGAACAAUAAAGGAGACCCACCCACUUAUGGUGAAAUAGCAGUGCGUUCUUCCUGAAUCUCUGUCUCUACCGGAGAAGCCUGGACAGCUACCACAAAAUUUUUGUUGCAGGUCCUCAAGAAUGAGUUACCCUGGAUAUCCUCAGCAGCCAGGUGGUUAUCCACCCCAAGCAGGAGGGUAUCCACCCCAGUCAGGUGCCUAUCCCCCACAACCUGGUGCCUACCCUCCUCAAGCUGGUGGCUACCCUCCACAACCUGGUGGCUAUCCUCAGGCCGGUGGAUACCCGCCCCAGGGUGGUGGAUAUCCCCCACAGGCCGGUGGUUACCCUCCCCAGGCAGGUGGUUACCCUCCCCAGGCAGGAGGCUACCCUCCCCAAGCAGGCGGGUAUCCCCCCCAAGCUGGUGGCUACCCCUCCAUGCCUCCUGCUGGGGGUAAUGCUGGCUGGGGAGGUGGCCCUGGCUUUGGAAUGCCAGGCGGAGGCAUGCCUCAGGGGUAUCCGGGUGGUCCCGCCCCUGGUCAGCCCAUGCCGAAUUACCCUGGAGCACCUGCACCCAGUCCGUCCAUGCCAGCCUAUGGAGGCGGUGCCCCAGCAGCUCCGGUGGCACCAGCUGUUAAUAAAGGAUACCGAGGUUCAAUCAAGGACUUUCCAGGAGCAGACCCUCUGAGGGAUGUGGAGGUUCUCAGAAAAGCAAUGAAGGGCUUUGGCACUGAUGAACAGGCUAUAAUUGAGCUGCUUGGAAGUCGCACCAACAAGCAGCGUGUGCCAAUGCUGGCCGCCUACAAAACAACAUAUGGGAAGGAUUUGAUCUCCGAUUUAAAGUCAGAACUUACAGGCAAUUUUGAGAAGCUUGUUCUGGCCAUGUUGAAGACACCAACGCAGUUUGAUGCUCAUGAACUCAGGGAGGCCAUACAGGGAGCGGGUACGGACGAGGCGUGCCUGAUCGAGAUCCUGUCAUCUCGCAACAAUGCAGAGAUCCGUGAGAUCAAUCAGAUCUACAAAGCAGAGUAUGGCAAGUCACUUGAGGACGCCAUCAUUAGUGACACAUCGGGGCAUUUUCGCAGACUUCUGGUCUCACUCUCACAGGGCAAUCGAGAUGAAAGGGAGACCGUGGACAUUUCUCUGGCCAAGCAAGAUGCUCAGAAACUCUACGCCGCGGGUGAGAACAAAGUGGGAACAGAUGAGUCGCAGUUCAACGCCAUCCUCUGUGCACGCAGCAAGCCUCACCUGAGAGCAGUUUUCCAUGAAUACCAACAGAUGUGUGGCAGAGACAUUGAGAAGAGCAUCUGCAGAGAAAUGUCUGGAGAUGUGGAGACUGGCAUGGUAGCUGUUGUGAAAUGCAUCAAGAACACACCUGCCUACUUUGCUGAGAGACUCCACAAGGCCAUGCAGGGAGCCGGCACUAAAGACAGAACCCUGAUCCGGAUCAUGGUGUCCCGCUCUGAAGUGGACAUGCUGGACAUACGACAGGAGUAUGUGAAAAACUACGGGAAGUCGCUGUAUACGCACAUUUCUGGUGACACCUCUGGCGAUUACAAGAAGUUGCUGCUGAAACUGUGUGGUGGAAAUGACUAGGGGAACAUGAUGUUCCUGGUUUCUGGAAGGUCUGGCAUUCAGUAUGCUUCAAGAAAUAUAUCUGUGUACCUCAAAGUAGUGUGCACUUGUUAGUAUUGCAUGAUGUUGUCUUUUAAGUUGCCAUCAAUGCAGUGUUUAUGUUAAAAUGUAUACAACAUACAUAUUAUGCAUUUCUGAUUUGUAUCCUGUAAUGAGUAAAAAUUGCAAGAUUUGUGAUAUAUAUAUAUAUAUAUCUAACAUGUCUGUAGUGUUUGAAGUCAUAUGUUGAGUAUGUGUCUAAAAACAAUCUCUAAUACAUAUGUUUGUUGUGAAAACUUUGUCCUCCGCCUGUACUGAAGGAAAUAUCAUUUUCAUACUAACACACAGUAUAAAUAUAUACAUAUAUAUCUGUAAAAGCUCUGACUGCCAAAUUGUUGCUU